UUUAUCUAGUCCACUUUCGAUUACGAAAAUUCUCAUAAGGCUAGCAGUCUUCGUAUAUCUUCGGUCAACCCCGGUAGCCUCCUCUUAACGUCAAGCGUACGCAUUUCCGCCGGAAAUUGUUUCGCGUCGUCACGUAUGUCGAGUUUACCUUCUCAAUUUUCACCCAGUUGUUGUCGCCUGGCGGCCAUUGGUGUGAGUUGAGUUCAUUCUUGGCGUGGCGUUAAACCGGUUGGACGUGGACGAAUUUACGGUGUAUUUUAUAGUCCCACGAAUCUGGUCAAGUUUUAUUUCAUCAGAUUGAAAGGAUUUUACUCACCCGUUACGAUGAGUACCGACAGCAUUGAGAAAUUGUAUAAAAAUUUUGGCAUACUAGCUGACGCCAAGGAUAAAUUAGCCGAGCAUGAAAAAGAGUACAUGGAAAUUCUCACCGCGGUGAAGGGAACGACGAAAGAAAAGCGCCUUGCUUCGCAAUUCAUCGCCAGAUUUUUCAAACACUUCCCUAAACUCGCAGAUCAGGCCAUUGAUGCUCAUCUUGAUCUCUGCGAAGAUGAAGACAUUGCUAUUAGGAAGCAAGCGAUUAAAGACCUGCCGUCAUUGUGCAAAGAGAACAAAGAACAUACUGCGCGGAUUGCUGAUAUAUUGGCGCAAUUGUUAUUAGCGCAAGAUCCAUCAGAAUUGGCUGUGGUUCAAAACAGUAUUAUGUCGCUAAUAAAAAAUGAUCCUAAAGGUGCUAUCAGUGGAUUUUUCAGUCAGAUUCUGAAUGGCGAUGAUGGAGCUCGAGAACGUUGCAUCAAAUUUUUAGCUACCAAACUAAAGGCUGUUGGCCAUGAUAUCAUAACUAAAGAACCAGAAGAUUUGCUGAUUGUUGAGUGCAAGAAAGUAUUACAGGAUGUCACAGCUGAUGAAUUUCACUCGAUUAUGGAAGUACUUGCAUGGACCAGACUGGGAUCUACAGUUACUGGACAACAGGAGUUGAUUGAUAUUAUUGUUGAACAAGCUGAGCUUUCAAUUCCCUUUAAGCACACCAACGAAGAACAGUGGAGUCGACUUGUGCAAUGCAUUAAACAUGCCCUACCAUUUUUCAAUUCGCAAGUUGACUCGUCCAGAUUUGUUUGUUACAUAUGCGUUCAAGUCUUACCCCAUUUGUCUUUAAUCACGGGACCUGAAGGCAGAGAUCCACAAUUGGAACUUUUAAAACUUCUUGCUGAACUGACUACUUACUGUGGAACGAUCGAGAAACCUGAAGAGAAAGUACAGCAGAUAUAUAAUGCCCUUGUUACGUACAUGCCUCUACCUCCAGAAACCGAUUUGCCGGAGCUACCAAAGCUCCAAUUUAGCCACGUUGAGUGUCUGAUGUAUACUUUUCACAAACUUGGCAAGCAAGUCCCAGAAUUUUUGACCCGUGAUGCGGAUCAACUGAAAGAGUUUAGACUGAGGUUACAAUAUUUUGCAAGGGGGAUACAGGGUUACAUAAAAAAGCUCAGAGAAGCUAUAAGUGGAAAAAGUGAAGAACAGUUGAAAUCUGACGAAAAUCAAAUGAAAGUUGUUGCACUUAAAACAACCAACAAUAUCAACACUUUAAUCAAAGACCUAUUUCAUUCACCACCGAGCUACAAAAGCAUUAUACAUCUUUCAUGGAAACCCUCUACAACUGACAAAAAGACUGAUAAAGCAUCACCAGGACAAAAGAGACACACACCGAUUACAUUUGGUAACGAUAAUGCACCGAACAAACGGAGCAAAGACGACAAUAAAGGGAACAAACGAGAAAUUUACACACCUCCCAGUGGCAAAUACAGCUCUAACAUUUCUUCAAAUUAUGGAAAUCGCGGCAGAUUCAGGGGAAAUCGAUCUGGCGGACGUGGUGGAGGAUACAGAGCACGUGGUCGCGGAUGGCGAAGGAGUGCUUACUAAAUUUGAUCCUAUGGAAAUGACGUAAAAUAAGCAAUGAGUCCGUACGAGGUGUGGAAAAUAUUUAUGCAAAGACUAAAACAAAUUACGAGCUAUAAAAUUCGCCAAAAGGAUUUUGAGGAGUCAAAAAUGCGAUGUGAGAAGCAUAUGCGAAUGAAGAUUAUUUGUAAAAAAGAAGCUGUACCAUUACUACCACGAGUUGAUGUACGAUGUGGCAGCUUUAACGUAUUAAUGUGUUGGAGUGUUUUCAAGUGUCAACCUUAUCUGAAUUGACAUACUACAAAUGAAGGAAAGACUCAAGAAGUUGAUCGAGACAUAAAAACUGAAACAGUUUGUGUCGAUCUGUUGUGUUUUGCACUCAAAGUGGUUAAUUUUGUUUGCAAAUCCAUGUCCAGUCAGGUAUUGAUUCAUCUUAAUUAAUAUGCCUCGGAUCAGGGAAAAACAAAGAUACUGAUGGAAAAAAGGAUCAAAGUGACGUGAUUUGUGCCUAUUCGUUAUAUUUGGUACUCGUGGUGCUCAAAGUUUUAAUUUUGAUGUCUAAUUUUUAUGACCGUAAUUUUAAACGAUGGUUAAACAUUCAAAAUUGAAGCAACCAAUAUCCAGUUAAUUUGACCAACAAUGAGGUCAACUUUGUACUCUAUAUACAAAGGUGAAUGAAGAACGCGCCAAGAAGCUUUUAGAAGCUAAGAAAAUCUAUGAAUCGAGAGAUUACAUAUGGGCAUCAGUAGGUCAAGAAAGAAGAAUUCUACUCCUAGUACCUUUGUUGGUAACGAUAUGCAGAUUGAAAAUUUCGUGCUACCGAGGUCAUAAAUAAGCUACCUGCCGAUUCUCGUCAAAUGCAAAACCGCCACUGGUCUGCUGGAGGAUUUUAAUUCGCUCAUCAAUCAGCAAUCUAUGUCAAACUUAUGUUCUGCAACUUACAAUGAUUUCCACCCUGCCUUUCCCUUUGUAGAAUUUUGAUCCCCGUCCUUUUCUCCCUUCAUUAAGUAGUUGGGUUUUUACAGUUGCGGAAAGUCAAGAAAGCUGCAGCCACAAGUUGGAGGAUUUUUUAUAGCCAAAGACAUACUUGAAACGAUAAAUACUCUCUGCUUUCCUAUAAAUUACACUUCUGCUCAUUACAUAUACUCGUAUUCGUGUUUUGAAUUUUUUCGACGAAAUUGUUAUACCAUAUUACGUUUGAAUAUUUAUUUUUAUUAUUUUUUUUAUUAAUAAACGGUAUAAAAUAUUUUCUCUUCAUGUUCAAUUUUCUAUCACAUUACCAUUUAUUGUACUGAUCUUUAACGACCGCUGAUUCAAUUUUUUCACUACCUGCUGAUUGAAUGUCUGCAUGAUUCAGUUUUGGUUAUAUGUAACCAAGUAUUUCUUUGGCUGCUGUCAUCUCAUGAUUUAUUUUCAUUGAGGUUUCAGGUACCAAAACGAAACUGCAAACGAGGGUAAGCUGCGCUGCGAGAGAAGAAAGAGAAAUUGCUAAAUUUAUCUGUUUCAGGUGCUUGCAGCCCGGGUUCCUUUCAGUGGUAUCAGAAGCUAUAAACUAACGAAAUUCAUUCUUUCAGGUAAACGAGUCCCAGGAAUAUAAUGUUUAGGUAGUUUGAUAUGUGUUGUAUAUGAUGGUAGCUGUUGAAUAAGGUGAGUCAAUAAUUGCAAUUCUUCAUCGCCCUGCUUCCCUAUCCCAUUAUCAAAUGAAAAGUUUCAUGUUAUCUGUAGUUUUGUGAAUAUAUCUUUAUUAUUAUCCUAAUAAAAACGAUUUUUAUUAUUCAUCAAUAACUGUUAUUUCACUUUUUUACUUUUUCCACUUACAAGAAUAAUUGAGUUGAAAAUAAGCGAUAGACGAUAGUAUUACGGAAUAAGGUGAAGAACAUACUAUAUUCAUAUUUUAUUAUUGACAUUUAUUUUGAUUAAUGAUACAUUAAUAGACCAUCACUACAUCGUGGAGAAAUAAUAAUUAUUUCAUUUAACUAAGGCGAUAAAUUAAACUACAAAACCGUAUAGCAAACAAUCUUCAAGGGCUAAUUGUCAGCAUCACCACUUAUAACAAAACUAAAAUCUAGACAAUCAAGUGCGCUUUCUAUUAAUUUUAGUUAAACUUUUAUCAGCUAGGUAUCAAUCUUGCAGGCAAAUUAUUUAGUAGGGUGUGUAU